AUAAGACUAAGUGCACACAUUGGCCUUCAUGGGACUUACUGUGUUUCCUGUUGGACAAUAAAAGAUGAAAUGGCAUCAGAGACUGGUGAAGGAUCUGUCUUACAUCACACGUUAGUGAAAUCGAGCUCGUGAAAGCGCCGCGCUCUGCCGUUUACUACAAAGUGUCCAUUGAAUACCAAUACAGCACAUCGGCAGAGGAUCCUGCAUGCUGUUUCCUGUAGGUUCUGCCUUCAGUAGACAUUAAAAGGCACAAUGGAGAAUAAAACAAUGCUCUGGCCAUGCAACCUGACCGCUCCGGAUUACAACCAAACCGACUGCACGUCUCCAGCGUGGAUGCUCUACCCUGACUUCUACAUCUGGCUGCCGGUUAUUUACUCGGUCAUCUGCGCUGUGGGGCUCACGGGCAACACCGCUGUCAUUUACGUGAUUCUGAAGGCGCCUAAAAUGAAAACCGUCACCAACUUGUUCAUUUUGAAUUUGGCCAUCGCUGACGACCUUUUCACACUGGUGCUGCCCAUCAAUAUAGCCGAGCACCUGUUAAACUACUGGCCGUUUGGAGAGAUUCUAUGCAAACUGAUUCUGUCCGUAGAUCACUACAACAUCUUCUCCAGCAUAUUUUUCCUAACCGUGAUGAGUGUGGACCGCUAUCUGGUCGUGGUGUCCACGUUGCGCUCCAAACGGAUGCCCCACCGGACCUACAGGUUAGCCAAAACGGUCAGCCUGAGCAUCUGGGCUCUGGUCAUUCUCAUCGUGAUGCCCUUCACCGUUUUUGCCGGCGUUUACGUGAGUCCCGACGACAAGGAGAGCCGGAAGAGCUGCGUUUUGAGUUUCCCGAGCCCUGAGAGUUUCUGGUUCAAAGCCAGUCGGAUCUACACGCUGGUCAUCGGUUUUGUCGUCCCGGUUUCAACCAUAUGCAUCCUUUAUAGCGUGAUGCUCUACAAGCUGAGACGCACGCGCAUCAACUUAAACGGAAAGGCGUUGGACAAAGCCAAGAAACGAGUCACGAUGAUGGUCUUCGUGGUUCUUGCCGUUUGCUUGUUUUGCUGGACACCCUUCCACCUGAGCACGGUGGUCGCCCUCACCUCAGACUUGCCCACCACUCCUCUGGUCAUAGGUAUAUCUUAUUUUAUCACGGGACUGAGUUACGCCAAUUCGUGUCUCAAUCCGUUCCUGUACGCGUUCUUAGACGAUAGUUUCAGGAAGGCGUUUAAGAAAAUGCUGGAGUGCUGAAUCAAUUCCACACAAAUCGACCAACGAGGUUCGAUUUGAACAGCAUCAAAUCAUAAAAGUGUUCAUUUGAACUCAAAAAGGCAUGGCGCACUUUAAAACAACCAGCUUGGCUCAUCAAGUGUCUAAUUUCAUGCACUGUAAAACGUUUAGUUUCGACACAGUUUUUCUUAUCAGCAUUUAAAUUUGAAGUGGUGCAGAAGAGUAGCCUAAUGAAUGUAUCGCUGUUCUGUGUAGCUUUAGUACCAUUUUGAUUUUAGCACAAUAAAAAAAUACUGUAUGCUACGAAUUUCAUUAACACUCAUUCAUUAACAGAUUUCUAAAUUAGCUAACACUUUAUUUUAAGGUGUCUUUGUUACACGUUCCAUGUACUUAUUAUAAUAACAAUAAACGAAAACCUAAUCCUAACCUAUAUAGUAAUUACAUGCAUUUAAAAUGACUCAGUAAUGUAUAAUUACACUGUAAAUAAAGUGAAACCAAAUCUUGUUUUAAAGUGUAAAUGAUUAUUUAUGUACAAAGCAUGAUUACUUGUGUAAAUAUUUGACUAUAUUUAUUUAUUAUGCUAUGUGGUUUGGGAGUGCUUUACGUAUAGGCUAAGCUUAAAAGUGAAACUCUG